CUCCAACGAAUCCCCUAUUUUAGGGGCGUGGAAUGCUCCAAGUAGCAACAUCCACAACCGGUGAGCGCAGAGGAGCUUCAGACAGAAGCAGGUCAAGUUUGGAUAUCGGCGAGACUAGACGCGCAUCUUUUGGGUAUUUUGUGGAACUCUAUCGCAUUUCAAACAUUGGCAAAUGGCUCAUUUCGUUGUACUUUUCCCCGUCCUGCUUAUAGCGAAACCAGUUUUAGGCUUUGGAAUAGAUCCUGACAUUCAAAUUGAUAUCAUCAAUGAGCUGGACACGGCAAACGCAACAUUUGGAAUAACCCAAGUUGCAGGUCUUUACAACCACAGCAAAGCUUUCGUAUUUCGAGAUGCGGGGAGAGCGGUUCAUGCGCCAGUACGCAUCACAGACAAGCUGCUUGAGCUCUUUAGGAGUAAAACAGAGUUCACCUUCAUGGCCACCAUACAACAGAAGCCUUCAACAUCAGGAGUCCUGUUCUCCAUUCACGAGUCUGAGCACAGCUACUUUGAGCUGGAAAGCAGUGGAGUGAGGGAGGAGAUUCGCUACCAUUACCGUUUCAAAGGGAAGCCGCGAUCCGAGUCCUUCCCCUACCGGCUGGCUGACGGGCAGUGGCACAAGAUUGCCUUGUCCAUUAGUGCCUCCCAUCUCAUGAUCCAUGUUGACUGUAACAGGAUAUAUGAGCGAGUGAUAGAUCCUCCCCAGAUGAACCUGACUCCUGGUAGUGGAGUGUGGCUUGGACAGCAUAGUCACAAACAUGGCCUGUUCAAGGGGAUUAUGCAAGAUGUCAAAUUCAUUUUCGCUCCAAACGGAUACAUAACUCAGUGCCCAAGCCUCAACCGCACCUGUCCGACAUGUAGUGAUUUCUUAAGCCUCGUGCAAGGCAUCAUGGAUUUGCAGGAGCUUUUGGCCAAAAUGACACUGAAGCUGAAUUAUGCAGAGUCCAGACUCACCCAGCUGGAGAGCUGCCACUGCGAGAGGACCUGCAGCAUCAACGGGGUGGUGUACCGCGACAAAGAGCUUUGGGUGGAGCCGGAGAACUGCAGGAACUGCGUCUGCAAGAAUGGCGUGGUUGAAUGCCGAAGAAUCUUCUGCCCCCCGUCAAACUGUUCAGAGGACUCCCUUCCCGUGCACGUGGAGGGAAACUGCUGCAGGAAAUGCAGACCUACGUGCAGCUUCAUGGGAGACAUCUUGUCGGAAGGGCAGCGAGUUUUGACAAAGAGCUGCAAAGAAUGCAAGAACGGCUUGAUGAUAAAAGUUGCUGAGAGCUGUCCCAUCCUCAACUGCUCGUCGGCGGAGCAGGUUCUGCCGGAGAACAGGUGCUGCAACGUCUGCAGAGGCUACGACUUCUGUGCUGAAGGAGUAAUUUGUGGGGAUAAUUCCGUGUGUAAGAAUCGCGACACCAAAGCCGAGUGUGAAUGCAGGAGCGGCUUCGCCUCCAUCCAUGGGGACUCCACGUACUGUGAAGAUAUAGAUGAGUGUGCAACCCAGAUGCAUUACUGCCAGGCGAACACUGUGUGCGUGAAUCUCCCCGGAGGCCAUCGCUGCGACUGCCUGCCAGGCUUCAUCAGAGUGGAUGACUACUCCUGCACAGAGCAUGAUGAGUGUGCCAGUGAACAGAGCUCCUGCGAUGACAAUGCCAUCUGUACCAACACCAUCAGGGGCCACCUGUGCACCUGCAAACCAGGUUAUGUGGGCAACGGCACCAUCUGCAGAGCUUUUUGUGAAGAGGGUUGCCGCAGCGGAGGAACCUGUGUGGCUCCCAACACCUGCGUCUGUCCCUCCGGCUUCACGGGACGUCUCUGUGAGACAGACAUCGAUGAGUGUGCCGAGGGUCUCAUCCAGUGUCAGAACCACUCCCGCUGCGUCAACCUACCCGGCUGGUACCACUGCCAGUGCAGGAGCGGUUUCCAUGACAAUGGCUCCUACCUGCUUGAUGGGAGCUCCUGUGUCGACGUGGACGAGUGUGCCACUCAGACCCACACCUGCUGGAACGACUCGGUGUGUGUGAACCUGCGGGGGGGCUACGACUGCAUGUGCACCAUUGGGCCCGAGUGCACCGGCGACUGCCCCCAUGAGGACGGCCUCAAACGCAACGGCGAGGAGUGGAGCCUCAGCCAGGAUCGCUGCUCCACCUGCUCCUGCAAGGACGGGCGCGUCUUCUGCCGGCGGAAGGAGUGCGACUGCGAGGACCCAGAGGCCGACCUCUUCUGCUGCCCAGAGUGUGACAGCCGGCUGAGCAGCCAGUGCCUCCACCAGAGCGGCCACACGCUCUACCUCAGCGGCGAUCUGUGGAUCCACAGCUGUCAGCAGUGCCGAUGCCUGGAGGGGGAGGUGGACUGCUGGCCGCUGGCCUGCCCCGCGUUGCCCUGCGAGUACACGGCGGUGUCGGAGGGGGAGUGCUGCCCGCGAUGUGUCACCGACCCCUGCCUGGCUGAUAAUGUGGCAUACGACAUCAGACAGACGUGCCAGGACCCCGCUGGCAUCACCCGUCUGAGCGGCGCAGUCUGGCGCUCUCCCAACACGCCAUGCUCCAUAUGCAAAUGCAAGAACGGGAGCAUCUGCUGCGCCGUGGAGUUGGAGUGUCUCCAGAACAACUAGCCAGCACUCCGGAGUGAUACCUCCCGCCCAUGGACCAGCGAGAUCAUCCUCUCUCAAGAGCCACCUUUAUCUCUUAGUCCUUUAUUUAUUUAUUUAUUACCGUCCCUGGUAGGGAACACAUCAGAAGGACUGUCACCCGGGCGUCCACAGCAGGAGGGGAAGGGAGGAGUGGAGCACAGUUUUAUCAGAGGAAAGCUUGCAGCAGCCCACAUAGACUGAGUUUGUGUGUGUGCAUGUGUGUGUGUGUGUGUGUGUGUGUG